GGCUCACGCACCCUCUGCAGACACUUCAAUACAAGCCGAUUCCCAAAGUGAGUCUGAGAACCGACACUCCCACAGCGCUGACACAUCCCUUCGCUCGGGAGGGUGAUUCGGCUCCUCCCAGAGCACUAACCGCACAUUCGAUAGUCUUUCAACUCAAUCGUUCAAUUUAGGAGUUUGUCUUCGUGCAAAAAGUUAGAAAAGCUAAAAGCUCAUGCUCUUCGGAGAGGACAUACCCUGGAGGUUCAAUACACAUGGAUUACUUUUUUUUUUAAGUUAAAAAAAAAAAAAAAAAAACCCAAACCACUGCUCGCGGCGAAUCUGCUUCCUCCAAUGUAAAGGGCUACUCAGGCGGGCGCGAGGAAUCUCCCGGCGCUUCAAGUCCGGGGAGUCCGCUGGCCUCUGUGGAAAGGGAAGCCCGACCAUUGCCGAGAACAUGAACGAUUGGAUGCCCAUCGCCAAGGAGUAUGACCCCCUUAAAGCUGGCAGCAUUGAUGGCACUGAUGAAGAUCCACACGAUCGUGCUGUCUGGAGGGCAAUGUUGGCCCGAUACACUCCCAACAAGGGCGUCACAGGAGACCCCCUCCUCACCCUGUUUGUGGCAAGACUAAACUUGCAGACCAAGGAGGAGAAGUUAAAGGAAGUAUUUUCUCGCUACGGGGACAUCAGGAGGCUUCGGCUGGUGAGGGACUUGGUCACGGGUCUUUCAAAGGGCUAUGCCUUCAUUGAAUACAAAGAGGAGCGUUCUCUGAUCAAAGCGUACCGAGAUGCAGACGGCCUGGUGAUUGACCAGCAUGAGAUAUUUGUGGACUAUGAACUGGAAAGGACCCUCAAAGGGUGGAUCCCUCGGAGACUUGGAGGAGGUCUGGGAGGGAAAAAGGAAUCUGGGCAGCUGAGGUUUGGGGGGCGUGACCGGCCUUUUCGAAAACCCAUUAAUUUGCCAAUUAUUAAAAACGAUCAAUACAGAGAGGGAAAACGGGAAAAGCGGGAGCGAUCUCGGUCUCGAGAAAGACACUGGGACUCUCGGACGAGGGACCGAGACCAUGAUCGUAACCGGGAAAAGAGAUGGCAGGAGAGAGAGCCAAGCAGGGUGUGGCUAGAAAGUGACUGGGAGAGAGAGAGGGACUUCAGAGAUGACCGAGCCAAGGGGAGGGAGAAGAGGGACCGAAGUAAAUAGAGGCUCACCAGCAUCGCCAGAACCCAGACCCAGCAUAAACAGAAGCACAGAGAUCUGUGUUGCUUUUAUAUAGUAUGUAUGUCCAGUGCUUGAGUAAAGCUUGCUAAUGGUGGUGGGGUCUGGAGUAAGUUUUCUUUCCGAUCUGGAACCCAGGUUCCAGCUGAACAUGAUAUUAUGAACUUUAUCUCUCAUUAUUUAAUAAACUUGAGAAACAGUUUUGUCUUUGCCAGCAUCUACACAGAAGGGCAGGUAGCAGUAGAGAA